GACUGCUGUGAAACAUGAACAAGUGAAACACCGGUGGAUGGUUUCUAGCGUUUCUCCCCUUUUAGUUGAAUCUUUUCGUUUACGUAUCCAUCUCCGUUUCCGUUGAAGCCCUAGCAAUCAAGGUUCACGUUAGUGAUUUAUUGAAUUGCAAGUGAUCUCUGAGAAUUGCUCCAGACCCUCCCUUGAGGGACUCUAAGAAUGCCGCCUAAAAUAGAGAAAGCACCGGUCAAUACCGUCGAGAUUAUUGACAGUGACGACGACGAAGGUGGUGUGGGACUCGGAACAACAACAGCAACUGCAACAACAAGAAGCGACGCGUUGGGAAACAUCGAAACGGCUUCGCACGACGGAAUCCAAGCGCGGCAAUCCCUUGCCGAGUCCCAAAGCUUCUGGAGGGCCGGGGCCUAUGACGUCUGUACCACCUGGAAACCCCCUUCGGAUGGCGCUCUAUUGGAGCACGCGCGCGUUCACCCAAAGUUUCUUCAUUCCAAUGCUACUUCUCAUAGAUGGGCUUUUGGAGCAAUUGCUGAGCUCUUGGAUAAUGCUGUUGACGAGAUUCACAAUGGUGCAACUUUUGUCAAGGUUGAUAAAAUUGAUAUUAUGAAGGAUAACUCUCCGGCUUUACUUUUCCAAGAUGAUGGUGGUGGAAUGGACCCUGAACGUAUUCGAAAAUGCAUGAGCUUGGGUUAUUCUUCAAAAAAGUCAAAUACAACAAUUGGACAAUAUGGUAAUGGAUUCAAGACUAGUACUAUGCGAUUAGGUGCUGAUGUUAUUGUUUUCAGUCGUGCAACUAGUGCAAGCCGAGCAACACAGAGUGUUGGUUUAUUAUCCUAUACCUUUUUGCGGAAAACCGGGCAGGAUGAUGUAAUUGUUCCAAUGAUAGAUUUUGACAUUUCUGGCCAUUGGGCAGAACCAAUUAUUUAUAGCUCACAGGAUGAUUGGUCUGCUGACUUGAAAGUCAUCCUUGAAUGGUCUCCCUUUUCAUCAAAGGAGGAGCUCAUGCUUCAGUUCGAGGAUAUUGGACCGCAUGGAACAAAAAUAUUAAUAUACAAUUUGUGGCUGAAUGACGAAGGCAUAUAUGAGUUGAGUUUUGAUGAUGACGAUGAGGAUAUAAGGUUGCGAGAUGAAGCCAACAAUGGGAGUUUGACAAAAUUAAGCAAAAAAGUGGCUGAGCUACAAUCCCAUAUAUCUUACCGCAUCCGUUAUUCCUUAAGGGCUUAUGUUUCAAUAUUGUACCUUAGAAAAUUUACCAACUUCAGCAUUCUAUUAAGGGGGAAACCUGUACAGCAGCUUAAUAUUGCAGAGGAGUUGAAACAUUCGAAAGUGAUAAUAUACAGGCCCCAGCUAGGUGUGGGAUCAAAUGAGGUCACAGUGGAAACAACCAUUGGAUAUAUUAAGGAGGCCCCUUCUGUCACCGUUUCUGGAUUCAACGUAUACCAUAAAAAUCGCCUCAUCAGGCCCUACUGGAAAGUCACCCCUGAUGGUUCUGCAAGAGGGAAUGGUGUUGUUGGGGUUCUUGAAGCCAAUUUUAUCGAACCAGCACAUGACAAGCAGGAUUUUGAAAGAUCGUCACUGUUUAUCCGGCUAGAAACUAAGCUGAAACAAAUAUUGAUGGAUUACUGGAAAAGCCACUGUCACUUAAUGGGAUGUCAACCUCCAAACUCCAGAGUACAUCUACAUCCUACACAGAACGAACCCCCUAUUCAAUCUGUUGGACUUCCAGCUAAGAUAAGGCAAGAUUCAAGUAACGGUUACCCUGGGUCCAAUGAACAAGUAACAUCUGUAGAUGGUUUGGGGUCCAUGUCAGUUGAAAAGAUAUGUGAAGAGAACAUACAGCUUUUUAUGAGGUGUGAGGAACACGUCCAGAAGGAGAACAAAUUACAACAGACGAUCGAGGGCCUGGAGAAGGAGUUGAAGGAAGCCAAAAGGAAGUGUGCUCAACUUUCGUCAUACCUGGAGACUAGGAAGAAGCAAAAGAUUAUAGAACAAAGUACUGGAAAAGUUUGAGAAACCUCUACUUUCUAAAGCACUCAGCAGACCAUCAAAAUGCCCUGCAAUCUCUUCUAAAUAUUGUUACUUUGCCUUUUUGUAGUUAGAAAGAUAAAAUUAUGUAUGAUGCCCUUUUUCAUGUGCAAGUAUUAUAGUCUUAAACUAUGAACUAUGAACCAAUUUUGUAUAAGAAAUGUUAUUUACGACUA